AUGUUCCAUCACGUCAGAGCUUCAAGGAUAGAGCUAGACGAUGGCCUCAGUCUCGAUAGCGGUCUGGGCAUGUCGUCUCAGCCAUCCUCGCCCAUGACCCCAAAGCACCUCGCGUCUUUUGAGUAUAUGACGAAGGGCCUGUCACCCACAAGCCCAUUCGGCGCAGACACAUUCGGCGACGAUGCAGCCACCAGUUUAGACGACCUCUUUCCUGGCGAGGAGAGCCUCCCAUCACUAGUACCAGAACCCAGCACCCCAUUGAGGGGACUCACUCACCCAUCCACACCAAAGACUCAACCGCAACCACACACCAGUCCCCUCCUCACUGCAGACCGUCGGGUAACCAGGACCUUAUCGCUCAAACUUGGUCCAGUACCAAAAAAGCGUCGCCAAAGUACCACCCAACUCGCCGAGCAGCUUCAUCACGCCAUUGAUAAGAGCGAUACCGGCGCAAUCCUCAAGCUCAUCAAAGAGGGCCGCGUCGACCCCAACAUCCAACGACGAGGAUCAAGCCUACCACCCCUUCAUGAGGCCCUCGCCGCUCGUUCGAACGAAAGAGCAGCCAUCAUUACAGCCACCAAGAACGGAUUCCCCCCUGCAUCCAUCACCUUACUAUGCGAACUCGGCGCCAAGCUAGACGCUGUUGACAUAUUUGGGCGAUCAGCGCUUCACUACGCAGCAAGCAGCUACGGCUCGGCUUCGUCUCCCCCAUCUUCUGGGAAGUCCAGCGAGGAUGAAAAGGUAGAAACGGUCAAGAUCCUCUGCUCCCAUGGCGCCAACCCAAACCUGCCAGACGAAACAGGCCACAUGCCUCUUCACCAAGCGGUCCACAACGUCCACCUAGCUGCAGCCAGGCAACUCCUCGACUGCGGCGCCGAUAUUAACGCUGCGACCAAGAGUGGAAGAACCCCUCUUUACUUGGCCAUCGCCAAGCGCAGCACCGAAAUCGUUUCCCUUCUCUGCGAGCGCGGUGCCGUCAUCAACCGCUUCGUUGGCGAUUCCACCCCGUUGUUAGCCGCCAUAACAGCAGGCUGUACGGACAUUGCUCGGGUGCUGAUCCAAGCAGGGGCUGCUGACCCUAACCUGUCUGGAGGGAAGGGGAACUUUCCCUUGCUCAUGGCAUCUGCAUUGGGGAAUAAUGAGCUGGUUGAAACGCUACUGGCACACGGUGCGGAUGUACAUGUGGCGAGCAGCUCAACCGGCAUGACGCCGUUGCACGUGGCAUCUCAGGGCGGGCAUGAGGGGAUCGUGGGCCUGUUGAUCAGGGCUAGGAUGCCAGUGGAUGGUGUAAAUAACGACGGACUGACGCCUCUCGCGCUGGCGGUGGAGGGUGUUCAUGAUGAGAUUGUGCAGAUGCUGUUGAUGCAUGGCCGUGCGGAUGCGAAUCAUACUUAUGAUGGGCAGUCGCUGCUAUGGAGAGCUUUGGAGCGACUGACUGCCGCCACCACUCUUGCCUCCAAGACUACAAGCAGCCCGGGGACAUCAGCAGCGGUAGCCCAUGCCAAGUACGUGACGGUGACUGCGAUUGAGCGGAUCAUCCAUCUGUUGAUAGCGGCCGGUGCCGAUGUCGCUGCUCUGCAGGGCGAGCUCGGAGUCACCCCGCUACAUCAAGCUUGCCGACUAGGGUUGGACUCUAUCGUCGAGAUGAUGCUCUCACCACCACAAGGUGCCCACGCACUCGCUCCGUUCCACAGCGAGAAGCAUGAUCACAGUGGUAUUGUCGAAACACAUCUCUGGUCAGGCCACACGUCCCUCUUCUUCGCCGUCGAAGGUGGUCACUUGACCACAACCAAGCUCCUAAUCGAAAAACACCAUGCGGAUAUUAACACCAGAACAGCAGUUGACGCAACUCUGCUAUGGGCGGCUAUCGGGCACCCACAUAUACUACGCUACCUCUUAACCCUGAGGCCUUUGCAAGGACAGGGGGUUAACAGAACGGGAAGUGUCCGCAAGCGGCUAAGGCUGAUGAGCUUUGGGCGCAGUAGCGAAGAUGGGACAUUGGGAGGAGAAGGGUUUGACGUGAACCAUAGAGAUCAUGGAGGAGCCACGGCUCUUCAUGCUGCCGCCGCGGCCGGUCAAAUGGAAGAUGUGAGGAUACUGCUAAGGAAAGGGGCGAAGCAGUUUGCUGCCCAUGAGGUGUAUGAUGAUUUGGCGGGCAGGAAGGGAGGCACAUACCGACAAGGAACACCGGCUGGGAUUGCCAGACAAAAAGGACAUGAUAGGAUUGCGGAGAUAAUAGAAGGCUGGCGGUAA